CAGCCUCCAUGGUCCAUGGCAUGGUGGCUUUUGGAGGAAGGUCUUUCCCGCGGGAUAUGUUUAUCUUUAGCUCUAACCGACAAGGGCUGUUUGUUAUUCUUCAACGGCUGAAAGUGCCUUGAAAGCAACGCAACGAACAACGAACACAAGUUGACUGCCCCAUGCCCAUGAUCGACUGUGAUCAGACAGUGAAUCUUCCAAGUUCGCCUGGCACUGUUGGUCUCUCUCUCUGCUCUCUAGCUAGCAAGUGUCUCAAAAGAAGACAAACACCUCCAACACCAUGUCGUUGAUUGGGGCUGUGUUAGUGCUGCCUUAUAUGGUGGUUUUCUUCACCUUCUGGUUGGCCACCAGUCUUCAACGUCCCAUGAUGUAUGCCACUAUCUUUUGCUUGGCCAUCAACCCAAUGGCGGCUCAACGGAAACUUACUCUCUUUGUCAACACGGCACGAUACCUUCUCUUUUCCAAGGACAAAAAAUGGAAGGAGCCAGAAGUACCCAAGUAUACCACUGUCCACAAAGUAGAGACCAAAACUAUCAUCUUUGUCAGGCAUGGCCAAAGCACGUGGAAUGAAACAUUCAAUAGGGGCGAAAAGACCAAACUCAACUUCUACAUGUUUUUCAUACCAAAUGCCAUUAAAGCGUUCUUCAUGGAAUGGUACUUUAUGGUCACUGGACAGGACAAAGAGAGCUGGUUCUACGACUCACCACUCAAUGACAUGGGCAAGUCACAGGCAGAAUCUGUUCGGAAAUUCAUGCGCACUAAUCUACAAUUCAGUACACCCAAAGAGGCGAGACUCAUACGAAUCAUGCUCGGAGAAUCGCCCGAUGGAAAGGGACCACCUACCAGAGAGCCUUCUUCACAACUUGUGUCCUCAAAUCUCAGAAGAGCCAUCUCCACACUUGUCAUUGGGGCCAGAGAGCGGCUAGAUCGGGGAUACGAAAACGACAAGGUUAUCAUUCUCUCACAGAUGCAAGAAGUCAGCUUUAAUCCGGAUGCACUCUGUAUCACACCAGCCAAGGGAAAAUGCGAGCUGGCAUUUACAGAUCCGAAAUUCCUCAAACCAUACUUUGACAACAAUCUGGACACAUCCUUGCACACGGGCAACAAACCUAUCACUUCCAACGGCAUCAUUCGACUACAGAGUUUUGCCGAAACAAUCUUCAAGGAUAUCAAGAAGGAAAAUAUUGUUGCUGCAGGACAUUCUCUUUGGUUUAGAAGCUUUUUCCGCACAUUUCUGCCUAAGGAUUACGAUCAUGUUUCCAAGGUCAAAAAGAUCCGAAACGGGGGAUGCGUUGGCCUUGAAUUCCAGAAGAAAACAACCGACAAUGGGGUUGUCUACGAGAUCGUACCAGGAAGCAUAGUGGUACUUCACAUUGGAUUUUGA